CUGUACUCCCGGCUGUUUGUGUGUCACUUAUUUAGACUGAGCAGAAAUGCUGAAAGGCAACCAGUGAUCUGGCUACGUUGAAUUGCUGUGCUUUCUGAAUGCUACUUCGACGUUAUCCGAGGGGAAAUCUCUGUGCUGGAGUGUUCUUUCCCACAAACCCGGAGUGAAUUGUGAGCUGCGUAGUUUUUGUUCAGCGCCCCCCCAUCACUCCAUGUUUUCAAGCAGUCAGGAGGAGCAUUGCGCCCCCACUAAAGAGCCGCUCAAAUACGGGGAAAUCGUCGUUUUGGGAUACAAUGGCUCUCUCCCAAACGGUGACAGAGGAAGAAGAAAGAGCCGGUUUUCCCUUUAUAGAAGAGUCCGGGCCAACGGGUUGAAGCCCAGCACAGUGCACGUUCUCAACACGGUGCAGGAUGGCAAGCAGACGGUGAGUGUAAAAGGGCUGCACAGCAUUUCUUACACGUUGUCACGGAACCAGACGGUGGUUGUUGAAUAUUCUCCAGACAAGGAAACAGACAUGUUCCAGAUUGGCCGCUCAACAGAAAGCCCGAUUGACUUUGUUGUGACAGAUACGGUGUCCGGGGGUCAUGCCGGUGAGGAGAGUCCCAUCACACAGAGCACCAUCUCUCGGUUUGCUUGCCGAAUUGUCUGUGAGCGUAACUUUCCCUACAGAGCUCGGAUCUACGCAGCAGGCUUUGACUCAUCAAAGAACAUCUUCCUGGGGGAGAAGGCGGCUAAGUGGAAAAAUCCCGAUGGACACAUGGAUGGCCUGACCACCAAUGGAGUGCUAGUGAUGCAUCCAAGGGGUGGGUUUACAGAAGAAUCGAGACCUGGAGUGUGGCGUGAAAUCUCAGUCUGUGGAGAUGUGUACACACUGAGGGAGACUCGAUCAGCACAGACGAGGGGGAAACUGGUGGACAGCGAAAGCAAUGUGCUGCAGGAUGGCUCACUGAUUGACCUGUGUGGAGCAACACUACUGUGGCGCACAGCGGACGGCCUGUUGCAUACGCCGACCCAGAAGCACAUUGAAGCUCUGCGGCAGGAGAUCAAUGCGGCGCGACCUCAGUGUCCUGUCGGCCUCAAUACUUUGGUUUUUCCAAGCAUGCAGCGCAGUCGUGACCUCGCAGCACUGGAGGAAAAGCAACCUUGGGUGUAUCUGGCCUGUGGGCAUGUGCAUGGUUUCCACAACUGGGGGCACCGUUCAGACCGGGAGUCCAAUGCUCAACGCGAGUGUCCCAUGUGUCGGACUGUGGGUCCUUACGUACCCCUUUGGUUGGGCUGUGAGCCCGCCUUUUACGUUGACACGGGCGCCCCGACGUAUGCCUUUGUGCCCUGUGGCCACGUGUGUUCUGAGAAGACAGCAAAAUAUUGGUCAGAAAUCCAACUUCCCCAUGGCACCCACGCAUUCCAUGCAUCCUGCCCUUUCUGUGCCUCACAACUGAGUCCCGCUCAGGGGUAUGCCAGGCUUAUUUUUCAGGGGCCCAUCGACUGAGCUGGGCUGCUCCAGCAGCAGACACUUGCUAGAUGUGGAAAGAAACAGCAGAAGUUCCAUAGGUGCCAUUUUCUGAGGUGAGGUUUGUUGCACUGAAAGUGAAAUGGAGAAGCAGCGCCAGCCUUUGAGGACCUGGAUAUCUGACACCAGAAGACAUUGCCUCUCUUUUUCUUUUUUAAACACUGCCCAUCGCUUUUAUUUUGUUUAACAAGACUGAGGAUGAAAUGUGUGGAUCCAAUAAAGAAGCUCCCAGGAUUCACGGCAGCAGGCUGCCACUCUAGUAAUCACUGUGGGCACAGGUAUGAGGUGGGGCGAGCAGCUCUUUAGUCCGAGUUGGCAUUCCUGGGCAGCGCUUUUUCACAUAAGGUGAGCCAACGCUUUCAUGGAUGAAUUGUGUGUGUGUUAUCACUCCUAGCCGCCAUCUCUGUCUCAGCCUCACCCGCUCCUAUGUCGUGUAGACUCCGACCUGUCCUAUCUACCUCUACAUAAUGAUUUUGUGGAAGGAAAUCAAAUAUUUUAGCAGACAUUUUACAGAUUGCUCUUUAAAUUUGGUAAAGGUCAAAAAAAAAGCAACCAAGAAAAUUUCUUUAUUUUUAUUUUGCUACUCUGGGACUCUUGUACAGUUUUUACAAUUGAAAUGUUAAUAUAUUUUCACUUUUGAGUCACAUACCUUUGUGGUAUUUGUCUGCAGUGAUGCUGUCGGCAACAUUCAGUGCAAGGGGUGGGAGUCUUGGGGGGUCUGGCCACUGGGUAGGGUGCCUUCCCUUGGGGGUUUAACCAGCAACUGAACUGGCCGCGCACAGCGGCCUCACGCCAGGAGAAAUGUCACCAGUGUCUUCGUCAAAGGCCUUAUAUGCUGUAACUGUACUUUUGCAUUGCUUCUUCUGCCAUUGGACCCUGGAUUCAAAAUGAAUCCAUUCUGUGUAAUUUGGCAAAAUUGUAGGUCAUUACUUUGAAUUUCCGUGCCAAGGCGAUGUAUUUUUGGGUCACUUUGCGCUCUUGUUGUCUAGACAGCGGGCACCACAGAAGGGAUUUGUGAAUGGCAACAAAUUGACUGCCUUGCUGCAGGGCCCCCCGUAUCAGGAGUGCAUGUUUAAGUCGGGCACGGAGAUGCCCUUUGAGGAGACAGAGAUUCACUUCUUUUGGUUACGUCAUUUAUAAUCAUUUAAGUCAGCCAUGCUGUCUGGGUAGAUUUCAGGCCAGUCUGAAUUCAAGACUCAAGGCAUUCCACUUCUCUUUGGCGGGUUUGUUUCCCAUUCUGCUACAUUUACUACAACACAUCUGGUUUAGUUAGCUUCACGCACUGUGACUGGGAGCCCAGUAGUGAACUGCACAUUUCAAUGGUGUGUCAGUGUCACAGGAGAGGAAGACUUGACCAGCAGCUUUGGCUACAAGGCAGAAACCAACACUGGACUGGCACUGGUCCGUCACAGGACCCACUUUGAGACACCGGCCUGGCUGUUCUGGAGAGGCCAUGGAAACAUGCAAGCAUGGUGGGGUGGGGUGGGGGAGUCUUAGGUAUUUGGGGUACCUGGAGCCAAACACCAACAUGGGGAGAGCAUUCAGAGUCCACACAGUCAGCGGCCAACUGUAGGAUUUAAGGCCGACACGCCUUAGCACUAACCAUUGAGCCAUUUUAGCGAAAAUAAUGAUGGAAGAAAGCAGCAAAGCUAACCUCAGUCUUGGGGGCACAGAUAAAGUUGGACUGGACCCCUUUCAAGUAACUCUGGCAGAAUCGUCUGUCCAGGUCUGGGGUGCUAAACGCCAUCUCACAAAAUCAUGGCAGCCAAUCCACCUCGUGUUUCUAGACUGAAACACUGCACCAUAGCUAACCACCUUCACCUUUCGUAAAGUCUUUGCAAGGUGACCUGACAUCUUGAUUGAAAGUCUUCAGUCCCACCGUGUUUCUGAACUGAUACAACUCUUUCAAAGGAAUCCUGGUUCCUUGUCAAUGUUGGCCCCUUUCUGUUGUCACAAACUCGACAAAGAGUCAUAGGAAGGUUUGGGGCAGCCACCCGUAAUUUAUUUCCUGGCUGCAGAAUUGAAUAACUUGAUGUACUGAGGAGCACAGAUCAGAGUCGUGAACAGAAGUGAGGGGAUAGAGAAAAGGUGGUGGCUUUUAAAGGUCAAUAUAGGAAGAGACGUCAAAAGGGAUCGGAACCGGAAGGGUCUUCAUCCAUAGGCUCGGGCCCAGAAGUGACCUCAAAGGGAUUGGAACCGGAAGGGUCAUCCUCCAUUGGGUCAGACCCGGAAGUGACAUCAAAGGUGUUGGGACCAGAAUUGACGUCCUCAGCACCUGGCGGAAUUUCCCGUGAACGGUCUGCAGAAAGCGAGAUAAAGAAAAGGUGCACUCUGCCCCAUCCCGGUCUGGCUCGGAAUUGCCCUCCUUCAAGCCCUUUAGCUGCCUCCCAUGUCCAUAAUGUGCUUGCUGACUGUGGCCAUUAGCAGUGCUUCAGCGAUGACAAUGUUCUUCAUAGGACACUCCCAACAAAGAAGCGUCCUGCAUGGAUGAGCAUGUGCCCUUCUAGGGUGGCUUACUGCCUGGUGUGGUGUCUAAAUUGCAUUAAGCAAGUUCAGGAAGUGGACGGGUUGACGGCUUUGCCCACUCUUAAGCUCACAUGACGCUACAAAAAGGCUUCCUCGUCUUAGGGUGUGAGUAAAUAGUACAUUUAACAGCUUGUCGGGACAUUUCUGAGUCACUCCACCUCUUUUAGUAUUUGGUAUGAAGUUGCACGUGGCUUAGAAAACCAACCCUGCAAGUUCUUCCAAGUCCACCAUUUGGCCUAAAGGCUGAGGACUCAGAUUCUUGUUUGCGCUCCUCCCUGUUGUGAUGCUGCGUGUUUAAGUAAGAUUGGACGCUAUCUAUGCAGACUAAACUCUGAGGCGGAAGGUCACAGAGCAGGCACUGCCCGGGUUAUUCAUCUCCCGUCUUUCAACUUUCACUCUCUCGCAUGUAUGAAGGAUGGGCUCCAUCUGCAGCCCCGCCUGUUGUUUUUUUUGGGAGUGUGCUGGCUUCUCUCCCACUGUCCUGCCCGGCAGCUGCUUUCAUGGGGCGACUCCCUUUCAUUGUGAACUGCAGCUGCAACAACAUCUUACAAGACAGAGGAGGGACCACCUGCUGUGGAGCAGCCCCCAAAUGUGAGUGGGGGCAGUGGUGUCCUUAAUAGAAAGAGACAGAAUCCGCCAUCUCGAGAGCCUCUAGGUGGUCUUACUAGAUAUUUAACUGUACCCCCCAAGUUUUCCACUGAAAGAUGCUGGUUUUGUUUCCACCUGAGAUGUGUAAGGAGCAAAUAUAAAUGUGCUCUCUUCAGUUCCAGUUGUGUUGCUCUUCCUAAAUCGAUUAUUUACCUGCUUUGAAUCGCAGAAUGAUGAGAUACGCCGCCUCGUCAGUGACUGACCCAUCAUCACGAUGAACGUGAGCUCCUGACUUCACCUGCAUGACCAGAUGAGCGAGGCCCCAGCUCAUGCAUCGCUCCCUCUGCACAGCUGACUACCUGGGUCCGGUGUGAGGGUACAGAGGGUUAAGGCCUCGUGCCGGGGGGGCCUGCCUUUCCCAUUUUAAGGGGUGUGAUGUUCUGAUGGGAGUGCGGUUGCCCUGAAUUGUAGUAAGUGGAGUAUGGAGGCUUGGGCCUACCUGUCCUCCACUUGGCAGUUAAUACCAACUCUUCUUCAGCCACCAUACCCGAAGUGCUGUCCAAUGCUUUUAUUUUUUAUUUCUUUCCCUUAUGUAAGUUAUUUUGAAAAUCUGUACAGUGUAACUCUUGUAAAGAUGGUUUUUAAUGGAAUUUUCUAUGAUUGUGAAGAACCUGGCGAGCCCAAACAAAGUCUAAUUUACUAAAUAAAGACUUCAGUAAAACCAAAA